AUGGAAAAAGCUAAUCAGACCUCCCCCCUGGUGGGGUUCAUUCUCCUGGGCCUCUCAGCCCACCCAAGGCUGGAGGAAACAUUCUUUGUGCUCAUCCUGCUCAUGUACCUGGUGACCCUGCUGGGCAACGAGGUCCUCAUCCUGGUGACCAUCCUGGACUCCCGCCUACACAAGCCCAUGUACUUCUUCCUGAGGAACCUCUCCUUCCUGGACAUCUGCUACACAACCUCCUCAGUCUCUCUGGUCCUGGAUGGCUUCCUGGCCCCCCAGGAAACCAUCUCUUUCUCCACCUGUGCCGUGCAGAUGUUCCUCUCCUUUGCCAUGGCAGGGACAGAGUGUGUGCUCCUGAGCAUGAUGGCGUUUGAUCGCUACGUGGCCAUAUGCAACCCCCUUAGAUACCCUGGGGUCAUGAGCAAGGCUGCCUAUGUGCCCAUGGCUGCCAGCUUCUGGGCUAUUGGUGGUGUUGCUUCUCUGGUACACACAUCCUUGGCAAUUCAGUUGGCCCUCUGUGGGGACAACAUCAUCAACCACUUCACCUGUGAGAUCUUGGCUGUCCUGAAGUUGGCCUGUGCCGACAUCUCCAUCAAUGUGAUCGGUAUAGGGGUGACCAAUGUGAUCUUCCUGGGCGUCCCAGUUCUGUUCAUCUCUGCCUCUUAUGUCUUCAUCAUUGCUACCAUCCUGAGGAUCCCCUCAGCUGAGGGGAGGAAAAAGGCCUUCUCCACCUGCUCUGCCCACCUCACUGUGGUGAUAAUAUUCUAUGGGACCUUAUUUUUCAUGUAUGGGAAGCCCAUGUCUAAGGACCCCCUCCUGGGGGUAGACAAAGAGGAUCUUUCAGACAAGCUCAUCUCCCUCUUCUAUGGGGUGGUAACCCCCAUGCUCAACCCCAUCAUCUACAGCCUGAGGAACAAGGAUGUGAAGGCCGCUGUGAGGAAACUGGUGAGUCAGAAAUCCUUCAGUCAGUGUUGUAGGAGGAGUCUUCUGUGGUUCUCACCCCCAUGGCAGAAAGGACUUCAAUCAUUACAGCUGCCAUUCUAA